CCCCAGCAUGAAAAUUUUGAAGCAGCAAUGGGAAGGAAGCCUGGAUUUUACUCGGAUAUCGGAAAAGGUGCCAGAGGACUUCUGCACGGGUACGUGCAUCAGCCACCAAUUCAUUAUCGGCUCGGAUGGUUCAACUUGAGUUUUCAUCUCCUCAGUGAGAUUGACAGAAUCGUACGCGGGCUAAGUGCUGCUUUUCAAGUUGUCAUGCCAUACCAAAGGUCGAGCAUGGUUGAAGUUCAGUACUUGCAUGAUUUCGCUGGAAUUACAAUGGGAGCCAGUUUGACAAGGAGUCCGGUAGUAAAUUUCUCAAGUGUACUUGGGACCAGCAGCUACAACAUUGGAACUGCUAUUUCGGUCGACACUCUGCUCGGACAACUCUCCCAGUGGGAUGCUGGUUUAAGCCUCAAUACUCGCUUCCUGAGUGCUGCAGUCACAUUGACUGAGAUGGGUAAUGUUCUGAGCGCUUCCUGUUACUCGGAGCCCCUUAGAGGAACCGCGGUCGCAGCUGAGCUGACCCAUAGAUUUUGGCACGAGCAGACUGUUUUCAGAUUUGGAGGGCAGCAUUCUUUAACUGAAUCUACGCGUUUUAAAGUUCAAGCAGGCACUGAUGGAAACAUUUCGGCCGCUGUUCGCCAUACUUGUUUCUCAGCUGUGAUCUUAACAAUUGCAGGGGAAUUAAACGUUAGGGCAAUGAGGAGUUCUAAAAUGGGCAUAUCUUGCUCUUUCCAUCAUGCAUUGCUACGUCAUUUUUCCUCCUCAAUGGGAAUUCCUUUCAGCAUUGAGUUUGAGCAGUGAUUGAUUGAAAUGAUAGCAUUCCUUUUCUUUUCUGAUAGAUGAGAAAGAAGGUUUGUGCUUGAUGGACUUUUCCCUCAUAUUCAAGAUGGAGGUGUACUUAUUUUUUUCUAAUCGAAGAGAAAGAAAGUUUGACUUA